UACAUGAUGAUCUAAAGAAGGAGACCUCGUUCAUCAGUUUCCAGUGCAGCUCAAGUUGGAGGACUAAACAAUGAAUUUCAGUUUUCAUAGCUUGAGUAAUUCCAUCACUUAUAGCAGCUGCUUAUUAUAAUUGCUUAGUUCUCUCCAACAGAAUAAUACACAUUUUCUAAAUUGGUUUUUGAUUACAGAUAACUUUACUAACAGUAUAUGAGCAGAAUAUCCAAGCAUGUCAGAUUUCAUAAGAUGGCCAAUAUUCAGUCUCUUACCAGAAGAGUUUCUUUGUUCUAUCAAGACUGCAUUAGUAUUUGGUAACUCUGGCAAUGAAGCUAUCUUGGUUACUCAUGAUGAUGAAGUGUUUGGUAUAGGAUCAAAUCUUAGUAGCUGUCUUGGCGUGGGAGAUCAACAAAACUGUCUACUACCAAGAAAAGUAGAAACACUUUGUCAUAAAAAACUUUGUGAUUUAUCUUUUGGAUCUGGUCCUCAUGUGCUAGCUUUGACAGAAACAGGAGAAGUGUAUGCAUGGGGCCAUAAUGGCUAUUGUCAAAUUGGAAAUGGCAACACAAGCCAGAAUCCAGUUUUUAUUCCCACAAUCCUUCCAGUUUUACAAGGCAAAGUAAUAACCCAAAUUGCCUGUGGAAGUCACCAUUCUUUAGCUCUAACUUCAGAAGGAGAGGUAUAUGCUUGGGGAUAUAAUAACUGUGGGCAAAUUGGCUCAGGUUCAAUGACCAACCAAAGCAGCCCAAGAAAAGUUGCCUCAACUUUAAAUAACAGGAAGAUUGUUUCAGUUGUUUGUGGUCAGACCUCAUCUUUGGCACUUUCCGAUACAGGAGAGAUCUUUGCCUGGGGUUACAAUGGUAAUGGUCAACUAGGUGUUGGUAAUAACACUAACCAGCCUUGCCCAUAUAAAGUUACUGGCCUUGGAGGCAUAUUCAUGGUCAAGAUAGCAUGUGGAUAUGCGCACGCAUUAGGCCUUAGUGACUCUGGCUUACUGUUUGCCUGGGGAGCCAACUCAUAUGGUCAGUUAGGAACGGGAAACAAAAACCAUCUUGUUAAACCCAUGGAGAUCGCUAGUGACAAAGGAAGAUUUAUAGAUAUUGCUGCAAGUCCCUCAAGUCACAUUUCUGUUGCUUGCAUAGCCAAUGGCAAACUGUACAUGUGGGGACACUGCCGAGGUCAAGCGGUUACUACUCCAACAGAAACAAACUUUACCAAGAUGAACGAAGUCUUUGCUUGUUUUUCUUCGCCACCAUUGAUGCAUAAACCUUUAGUCAUUGAACGCGAGGAUACACGAACAGUAGGCAAGUGUGUAGGUGAAGCAUUCAACGACCAAGAAACAAGUGACCUGACUUUCAUGAUCGAAGGAAAACCAGUCUAUGUUCACAAGGCUGUACUAAAAAUAAGAUGUGAACAUUUUCGCACCAUGUUUCAGUCGCAUUGGGGAGAAGAUGAAAAAGAUGUCAUCGAGAUCACCCAGUUUUCAUUCGUCGUUUAUGAGGCGUUUCUGAAGUAUUUGUAUACAGACAAAGUAGAACUGAUACCAGAAGAUGCCAUAGGGUUGUUAGAUUUAGCCAACUCUUACUGCGAGGAUCAGUUAAAAAAAUUAUGCGAGCGAAUAAUCAAAGAAGGAAUCACGGUAGACAACGCUGCCAUGCUGAUGGCUGCUGCCAUUAAAUACGAAGCAAAGAAAUUGGAAGAGUUUUGUUUCCAGUUUUGUGUAAACCAUUUGACUGCAGUAUCCCAGACAGACGCGUUUGCUCACUUAGAUGAAGCAACAUUAAAGGGUUUUGUUCAGAAAGCUGGUCAACGUGGGGCUUUUAAGUACUGAUAGCCUUUGAAUCAAAAUUCGUUUUCAUCCCUUCUUUUGUUUAUCAGCACCGAUCUCCUGUAAGAUCGAACCAGAAGAGACAAAGAACAAGAAGUAACAUGUAUUAUCAAUAUAUGAUCAUCAAUGAAAUAUCUAUUUUUCUUUCUUACUAAAAAGUGAUAUCUUGACAUGUGAACAUAACAUCAUUGGUAAGAAAUCUUAGGGAAUCGCACAGCUAAAAGUAAAAAUCCACUAAAAUUAUAUAUCAUCAAUAAUAGGACUUUGGCAUGAUGGCGUCAUUUGACUCCCACUACCAAGAUACUUCGCGAAUUUUCUUUCUCAUUUAAAUUUGUAUUCCCUCAU